GCGGUCAUUUCAUGUCCUCAGUUAGAGUCAAAUGCUACUAUUUGCAGACGAGUGUACGACAGUAGAAGACUAGGAGCAAUAUGAAGUGCUCAAAUGCUAGCGAAGGGCCUCCCUGCACCGGAUUUGUUGAAGGAAUGGCUCCAGUGUUUUCAAGAUCUGCCUGGUUUUGCACUUGGAAUCUAAUACAAAAUGAUCUGGUUCAUGGUUGGGGAAUGGAUAUGAAACUUGGGUACUGUGCUCAGGGUGAACGUAGCAAGAAAGUAGGCAUUUUUGAUAGCGAAUAUAUCUUUCAUCAAGGCAUUCAAACACUAGGUGGAAGUGGUGAUCCUGAUAAGAAGAACUCAGCUCGCAGUGGUGUGACUCGGAAGCGAGGUUCUCCGGCUUUUGAUUCAAGAACAGAAAUACGGAGGCAAUCAACAUUGGAGCUUCGAACUUUUAAAGAACAGUGGAACCAAGCUGUUGCAGAAGACAAGAAUUGGGUCGACCGGUCUUCAUCAACUCGGAAUCGAAUUGGCAAUAACCGGAGAUUAAUACGAAGUAGUGUGAUUCCAAGUUUAGUGCAGAGGAAAGCUAAAGAGACUACAACAUAAAAAAAGACACAUACAGUUUUUACUCAGAUUAAAUACAGAAAAGUUUUUGUUUU